AUGCAAGCACAACCUUCGACAUCGAUCGUUUCCGAUCAGUUCCAAACUUCCCAAGCUCGUUGGCGCGCCCUCACACAACGCACUCCUUCCUCCCACUCUUCCUUUCUCUACGGCGUCAAAUCUACCAAGAUCUACUGCCGCCCGACCUGUCCCGCACGCCUUGCUCGAAGAGCCAAUGUUGUAUUUUACGACACAGAAGACCAAGCGCGACGCGAUGGCCACCGGCCGUGCAAGAGAUGUCAACCAGAUAAUUCGAGUUUCGUUGGAGAGAGGGAGGAGGUUGUCAUAAGGGUUCUAUCGCUUUUGCGGACUAAGCGAGAUGAUCAUGGCCUGACAGUAAAGCGGGGUUUGAAGGAGUUAUCACAAGAGGUCGGUGUGACACCGAGUUAUCUUUGCCGUGUGUUCAAGAGGACAAUGGGGCUUACACUAGGAGCGUAUAUGAGAGAGUUUGAGAGAGAGGUAAGUGAGGACAAGACAGAGAGGGAGGCUCGGUCUCCCAUCACAGUUGAAUCUGGUAUGAGUGCUGCCUCGACGGGACUCUGGACCCCAGCAACAACGGCAGGCGGCCCCAUGGCACCCGUCGAGGGUCCGAAGGACGAGUCGGCAGAGCAGCAAGUGGGCAAUGUUGCAGAGGCUCUGGACUUGAACUUCGAUUUCGACGAGUGGUUCUGGGCUGGUGGCUUUGUUCAAGAAGACUUCUGGAAUGAAGGCGCCUUGGAUGAUAGCUUACACGCAGAGGCUUUGAAUGAUGGCGUGUACAGAUGGGAUAACUAUAUAAGGGUAUAA